CGGUGUGUCCCCCGGCUAGGUCAACAGUUUGUCGUAUAUUCACGUAGGUAUAGUUGUGUGAUUGUUAUUUUAUAUAUUUAUGUAGUUUUUCAGCGUCUUGUUUUUUUUUGUGUUAAUUGUGUGCAUGUCGGAACCUUGUGGCUAUCCAGAAAAUCGGAGAUUCGCCAGUCUCAGAGUAUCUGGGUAGUUUAUGCAGUGGCAUACUGAUUGUGUGGAUCAUUCAACUGGUGCGACUCUUUUGUCAGUCAGAAAGGCAAAAGUGUAAAUGUCAAGAGAUCAGUUUAAUUAUCACGAAAAGAAUUGCACAGCAAAUGAGACGAACGUAGUGAUAACGCCGAUUUAAUGGUAACACAGUCGCCGAUAUCAGGUCUCAUAGAGGCUGCUCUCUACUAUUUUGCGUCGCCGAACGUUUCAUGAAAUGUCGAAAAUCGCGAAGUUGAGAAAAUGCCGAGGUAUAAAAUUUUUUUUAAAAACUUAAAACAAAUUGAUUCAAUGAUAAAAUCAUCCUUCAAUUUUGAAAUCGAUCGAAAAAAUCGAUUUAAAUGGACCAUCAUUAGACAUGACUUUGACUUUCUUAAAUAUAUUAUCAACUAUAGAUGAUUUUCGCUUGGCUUUACAUUAAAGUUUAACUAAAAUGCCAUUAAAACGACUUAAUGUUCUGGAAUUUGCAGGAUUAGCACCAGUGCCAUUUGCUGGAGCAAUUUUAUCAGACUUUGGUGCAAAUGUGACUGUUAUUGAACAAAAAAACAAUAUAGCAGGUGAUUUUACAAAUUUAUUAAGUCAUGGAAAAAAAUCUAUUUGUAUUAAUUUAAAACAUCAAGAAGGUGUUGAAGUUAUUAAAAAUUUAGUAAAAAAGACAGAUAUUUUAAUUGAGCCUUAUAGACCAGGUGUAAUGGAAAAGUUUGGUUUAGGACCAGAUGUAUUAAUGGCUGAAAAUUCAAUGUUGAUUUAUGCUAGAUUAAAUGGUUAUGGUUCAUAUGGAUAUUAUUCUCAUAGAGCUGGACAUGACAUUAAUUUUUUAGCGAUAUCUGGUUUAUUGUCUAUGUAUGGUGCUAAAAAUCAAAAACCUUCACCACCUAUCAAUUUCUCAGAGUUUGCUGGUGGUAGUUUAGUUUGUGUUUUAGGAAUACUUAUGGCAGUAAUAGCACGAGAAAACAUAGGUAAAGGUCAAAUAAUUGAUGCAAGUAUAACUGAAGGAAUAUCAUAUGUUGGAAGUUGGUUAAUGCGUUCACAAAAUUCUUUUGUGUGGGGAAAUCCUAAAGGCCAAAAUUUAUUAGAUGGUGGAAUGCACUUUUAUGACACAUAUGAAACUAAAGAUGGAAAGUGGAUGGCAGUAGGAGCUAUUGAACCUCAAUUUUAUAAAGAAUUUGUUGAUGGUUUAGGACUAAGUAAUGAUGGUAUGGAACAAAUAGAUUAUGAUAUGAAUGAAAAUAAUAGAAGAAUUAUAGCAAACAAAUUUAAAGAAAAAACCCAAGAGGACUGGUGCAAAGCUAUGAACAAAGAUAUAAACAGACGAAUAUUAGCUAUACAAGCCAAAAAGAAAAGGCGUAAAUUACCAAAGAAACCUCAUGAAGACCGAAAGGUUGUGCCACCAGCUCCUACUAAGAUACCAGAAAAAACCAAGGCUCAUGGGAAACGCGACAGUGAUUCAUCAUCAAAUGAAUCUGAAGAAGCUACUGAUGAAAUGUAUGCUUCUGAUGAAGAGGAACAAGAAGAGUCUAGUGAUUACUGCAAAGGUGGCUAUCAUCCUGUACAAAUAGGAGAUGUGUUUCAAAAUAGGUAUCAUGUUUUAAGAAAGCUUGGCUGGGGUCACUUUUCUACUGUUUGGCUCUGUUGGGAUUUUACUGAUAAACGCUAUGUUGCCCUGAAAGUAGUUAAAAGUGCCUCUCACUUUACUGAAACUGCAUUAGAUGAAAUAAAACUUUUAAAAAGUGUUCGAGAUUCAGAUGUUAGUGAUAAAAAACGAGAACGUGUUGUCAUGUUGUUAAAUGAUUUUAAGAUAAGUGGUGUUAAUGGUAAUCAUAUAUGCAUGGUAUUUGAAGUACUAGGGCAUAACUUAUUAAAAUUAAUUAUAAAAAGCGAUUACUCGGGUAUACCAUUACAAAAUGUUAAAUGUAUUAUCAGACAAGUAUUAGAAGCAUUAGACUAUUUACAUACCAAAUGUAAUAUAAUUCAUACAGACAUUAAACCAGAAAAUGUACUCCUUUGUGUUGAUGAAAAAUAUAUUAAGAAUUUAGCUAAAGAAGCAGCUGAAAUUCAUCAAACUGGACAAAAACUACCUGUAUCUUUUAGUAGUACUGCACCUAAAAGUGCUCUAACCAAAUCAAAUUUGACAAAAAAUCAGAAGAAAAAAAUGAAAAGGAAAAAUAAACGCCAAUCUGAACUUCUUAAAGUACAAAUGCAGCAGUUAGAAGAACUUGAAAAUAAACAAGAAGAUGGCGAUACUGACAAUAACAAAGAUGAAGAAAAAUCUAUUACAAUAUCAGCAGACGGUCAAAAUAGUGAAUUCUUGUCUAAUGGUUAUUCUUGCAAUGCUACAAAUACUAGCACAGCUGUAUAUUCUGAUAAUAAUGUAAAUAAUGAGCAAAAAGUUCAAAAUAUUGAUGAAAUUAAUGCGGCUCAAAAAAACGGUAGUGGUGAAUUUAGUAAAACUACCAACAAACAACUAUCAAAGAAAAGAUCAUUUAGAAAUAAGACAAGGGAUGAUCCUAUUGAAGAUCCUGCAUUCAAUGUGUGUGAUAUUAAUGUAAAAGUUGCUGAUUUGGGUAAUGCUUGUUGGAUAGAUCGUCAUUUUACUGAAGACAUUCAAACUAGACAGUACAGGUCACUAGAAGUUCUUAUUGGAGCAGGUUAUGGUACGUCAUCAGAUAUUUGGAGUGUAGCAUGCAUGGCAUUUGAAUUGGCUACUGGUGAUUAUUUAUUUGAACCCCAUUCUGGUGAAGCAUAUUCUCGAGAUGAAGAUCAUAUAGCUCAUAUAAUUGAGUUGCUAGGGAAAAUUCCCAAGCAUGUUAUUGAUGAAGGAAAUCAAUCUUCACUAUUUUUCAAUAAACGAGGAGAAUUGCGUAACAUAAAUAGUUUGAAACCAUGGUUAUUAUAUGAUGUAUUGAAAGAAAAAUACAAAUGGUCUGAAGAUGAUGCUAAAGCGUUUACUGAUUUUUUAUUACCAAUGUUAGAAUUUGAUCAAAAUAUAAGAGCUACUGCUGCAAAAUGUUUACAACACCCUUGGCUAAAAUAUUGAUAAUUUAUUUUGAAUACAAUUUUAAUGAGCAUAAUUUAAGAACUGUUUUUUCUUUUUAACUUUUUAGUUUUUAUCAUCUAAUCAAGUCAUAUUAAAAUGCAAUUCUAUUUUUUGUAAAUAAACAAUAGUUUUAUAUUUUAAUUUUAUAUUAGAUGUAACAAUAUUUAUAAAUGUCAAACAUGUUGAAAAUCUGCAUAUAUUUGGUUUAUUAAUAUUUA